AUGUUGGGCAAGAGCUGCCACCUCUCCCUCUGCUGUCUGAACCUCCUGGUUGGCAGGUCCAGGGCUGCUGGGGAGGUAGAGCAUGGAGCUGGAUCCAGGUUCAGCCUGUUGGCAUCGAAGACAUGUAGCCCUAAACAGUUUGCAUGCAAAGAUCAGAUUACGUGCAUAUCUAAGGGCUGGCGCUGUGACGGGGAAAAGGAUUGUCCGGAUGGCUCGGAUGAAUCACCCGAUAUAUGUCCUCAGAGCAAGGUGUCUCGAUGCCAGCCCAAUGAGCACAACUGCCUGGGAACAGAGCUGUGCAUUCACAUGAGCAAACUGUGCAACGGGCUCCAUGACUGCUUUGACGGCUCUGACGAAGGGCCGCACUGUCGGGAGCAAUUAGCCAACUGCACAGCCCUGGCUUGCCAGCACCACUGUGUGCCGACGCUGAGUGGACCAGCCUGCUACUGCAACAACUCCUUCCAGCUGGCUGAGGACAAGAGGAGCUGCAAAGACUUUGAUGAAUGCACAGUCUAUGGGACCUGCAGCCAGACAUGCACCAACACAGAGGGCUCCUACACGUGCAGCUGUGUUGAAGGAUACCUCUUACAACCUGAUAACAGAUCCUGCAAAGCCAAGAAUGAGCCUGUGGACCGCCCUCCCGUGCUGCUCAUUGCCAACUCCCAGAACAUCCUGGCCACCUACCUGAGUGGAGCCCCUGUGCCCAACAUCACCCCCACCAGCGCCAAGCAGACCACAGCCAUGGACUUCAACUACAUUGAGGACACAGUGUGCUGGGUUCACGUGGGUGACAGUGCCUCCCAGACCAUCCUUAAGUGUGCCAAGAUCCCCAACCUGAAGGGCUUCGUGGAAGAGCGCUCCAUCAACAUCUCCCUCAGCCUACACCAUGUGGAACAGAUGGCUAUUGACUGGCUCACGGGCAACUUCUACUUUGUGGAUGACAUCGAUGACAGGAUCUUUGUCUGCAACAAGAAUGGAGUUACCUGCGUCACGCUGUUGGACCUGGAGCUGUACAACCCCAAGGGGAUAGCGCUGGACCCAACUAUGGGCAAAGUGUUCUUCACCGACUACGGGCAGAUCCCCAAGGUGGAGCGCUGUGACAUGGACGGGCAGAACCGCACCAAGCUGGUGGACAGCAAGAUUGUCUUCCCCCAUGGCAUCACCUUGGACUUGGUGAACCGACUGGUGUACUGGGCUGAUGCCUACCUGGACUAUAUUGAGGUGGUGGACUAUGAAGGCAAGAACAGACAUACCAUCAUCCAGGGCAUCCUGAUUGAACACCUCUAUGGGCUGACCGUCUUUGAGAACUACCUCUAUGCCACCAACUCUGACAAUGCCAACGCCCAGCAGAAAACCAGUGUCAUCCGAGUCAACCGCUUCAACAGCACCGAGUACCAGGUGGUGACACGAGUGGACAAGGGGGGAGCACUGCACAUCUACCACCAACGGCGCCAGCCCACAGUGCGGAGCCAUGCCUGCGAGCCGGAUCAGUUUGGCAAGCCGGGAGGCUGCUCAGACAUCUGCCUCCUUGGGAACAGCCACAAGACCCGAACCUGCCGCUGCCGCUCUGGGUUCAGCCUGGGCAGCGAUGGAAAGUCCUGCAAAAAGCCUGAGCAUGAGCUGUUCCUGGUGUAUGGAAAGGGCCGUCCAGGCAUCAUCCGUGGGAUGGAUAUGGGAGCCAAGGUGCCAGAUGAGCAUAUGAUCCCCAUUGAGAACCUCAUGAACCCCCGAGCACUGGACUUCCACGCCGAGACUGGCUUCAUCUACUUUGCUGACACCACCAGCUACCUCAUUGGGCGCCAGAAGAUCGAUGGCACGGAGCGAGAGACCAUCCUGAAGGACGGGAUCCACAACGUGGAAGGGAUUGCUGUAGACUGGAUGGGGAACAACCUGUACUGGACAGAUGAUGGCCCCAAAAAGACCAUCAGUGUGGCUCGACUGGAGAAGGCUGCCCAGACGCGGAAGACACUGAUUGAGGGGAAGAUGACCCACCCCCGAGCAAUUGUGGUGGACCCCCUGAACGGGUGGAUGUACUGGACAGACUGGGAGGAGGAUCCCAAGGACAGCAAGAGGGGCAAGAUUGAGAGAGCCUGGAUGGACGGUUCCAACCGCAACAUCUUCAUCACUUCCAAAACUGUCCUGUGGCCCAAUGGGCUGAGCCUGGACAUCCCAGCCAAGAUCCUCUACUGGGUGGAUGCUUUCUAUGACCGCAUCGAGAUGGUCUAUCUCAACGGCACCGAGCGGAAGAUUGUGUACGAGGGACCUGAGCUGAAUCAUGCCUUCGGGCUGUGCCACUAUAGCAGCUUCCUCUUCUGGACUGAGUACCGCAGUGGCAGCAUCUACCGGCUGGACCAGGCCUCCAAGGUGGUGAGCCUGCUGCGGAACGAGCGCCCACCCAUCUUCGAGAUCCGGAUGUACGACGCACAGCAGCAGCAAGUGGGCUCCAACAAGUGCCGUGUAAACAACGGUGGCUGCAGCAGCUUGUGCCUGGCCACCCCCCGGGGCCGUCAGUGUGCCUGUGCAGAGGACCAGAUCCUGGGAUCAGAUUCCGUCACCUGCCAGGCCAACCCAUCCUACAUCCCCCCUCCCCAGUGCCAGCCUGGGGAGUUCGCCUGCAAGAACAACCGCUGCAUCCAGGAGCGCUGGAAAUGUGAUGGGGACAACGACUGCCUGGACAACAGUGAUGAAGCCCCUGAGCUCUGCCACCAGCACACCUGCCCCUCAGAUCGUUUCAAGUGCAAGAACAACCGCUGCAUCCCCAACCGCUGGCUCUGUGAUGGGGACAAUGACUGUGGGAACAACGAGGAUGAGUCCAACUCUACCUGCUCAGCACGGACCUGCUCCCCCAACCAGUUUUCAUGUGCCAGUGGCCGCUGCAUCCCCAUCUCCUGGACAUGUGACCUGGACGAUGACUGCGGGGACCGCUCCGAUGAGUCUGCCUCCUGUGCCUACCCGACCUGCUUCCCCUUGACACAGUUCACCUGCAACAACGGGCGCUGCAUAAACAUCAACUGGCGCUGUGACAAUGACAAUGACUGUGGGGACAACAGCGACGAGGCAGGCUGCAGCCACUCCUGCUCCAGCAACCAGUUCAAGUGCAACAGCGGGCGCUGCAUCCCCGUGCACUGGACCUGUGAUGGGGACAACGACUGUGGGGACUACAGUGACGAGACUCAUGCCAACUGCACCAACCAGGCCACGCGCCCGCCUGGGGGCUGCCACACCGAUGAGUUCCAGUGCCGGCUGGAUGGGCUCUGCAUCCCCAUGCGCUGGCGCUGCGACGGUGACACGGAUUGCAUGGACUCCAGUGAUGAGAAGAACUGCGAGGGGGUCACCCAUGUCUGUGAUCCUAAUGUCAAGUUUGGCUGCAAGGAUUCAGCUCGCUGCAUCAGCAAGGCCUGGGUCUGUGAUGGGGAUAGCGACUGUGAGGACAACUCAGAUGAGGAGAACUGCGAGUCACUGGUGUGCAAACCUCCCUCCCACACCUGUGCCAACAACACCUCCAUCUGCCUGCCCCCCGAAAAGCUCUGUGAUGGCUCUGAUGACUGCGGGGAUGGCUCUGAUGAGGGCGAGCUCUGUGACCAGUGCUCCCUGAACAAUGGCGGGCUGGGGCACCAACGCGCUCCGGCCCCCGGGUGCACUGUGGCCCCUGGUGAGGGCAUCAUCUGCUCCUGUCCCCUGGGGAUGGAGCUGGGCUCAGACAACAAGACCUGCCAGAUCCAGAGUUACUGUGCCAAGCACCUCAAGUGCAGCCAGAAGUGCGAGCAGGACAAGUACAACGUCAAGUGCUCCUGCUACGAGGGCUGGAUGCUGGACUCCGAUGGCGAGAGCUGCCGCAGCCUGGACCCCUUCAAGCCAUUCAUCAUAUUCUCCAACCGCCACGAGAUCCGCCGCAUUGAUCUGCAUCGGGGUGACUACAGUGUCCUGGUCCCUGGGCUACGCAACACCAUUGCCUUGGACUUCCACCUCAACCAGAGCUCGCUGUACUGGACUGAUGUGGUAGAGGACAAAAUCUACAGGGGAAAGCUGCUCGAGAAUGGGGCUCUGACCAGCUUCGAGGUGGUGAUACAGUAUGGGCUGGCCACCCCCGAGGGGCUGGCUGUGGACUGGAUUGCUGGCAACAUCUACUGGGUGGAGAGCAACCUGGACCAGAUCGAGGUGGCCAAGCUGGACGGCACCAUGCGAACCACGCUGCUGGCUGGGGAUAUCGAGCAUCCCCGCGCCAUAGCCCUGGACCCCCGCUAUGGGAUCCUCUUCUGGACAGACUGGGAUGCCAGCCUGCCCCGCAUUGAGGCCGCCUCCAUGAGCGGCGCGGGCCGGCGCACCAUCCACAAGGAGACAGGCUCGGGGGGCUGGCCCAACGGGCUCACUGUUGACUACCUGGAGAAGCGCAUCCUCUGGAUCGAUGCCAGGUCAGAUGCCAUCUACUCAGCCCUGUACGAUGGGACGGGGCACAUCGAGGUGCUGCGGGGACAUGAGUACCUGUCGCAUCCUUUUGCUGUCACCCUGUACGGGGGUGAGGUGUACUGGACUGACUGGCGCACCAACACGCUGGCCAAGGCCAACAAGUGGACAGGGCACAAUGUGACAGUGGUGCAACGGACCAACACGCAGCCAUUCGACCUGCAGGUGUAUCACCCCUCCCGGCAGCCCCUGGCUCCUAAUCCCUGUGAAGCCAAUGGGGGCAAAGGACCGUGUUCCCACCUCUGCCUCAUCAACUAUAACCGCACAUUGUCCUGUGCCUGCCCCCAUCUCAUGAAGCUGGACAAGGACAACAUGACCUGCUAUGAGUUUAAGAAGUUCCUGCUGUAUGCACGGCAGAUGGAGAUCCGGGGUGUGGACAUCGACAACCCCUACUACAACUAUAUCAUCUCCUUCACGGUGCCUGACAUUGACAAUGUUACAGUGGUGGACUACGAUGCCCUGGAGCAGCGCAUUUACUGGUCUGAUGUCCGCACGCAGACCAUCAAGAGAGCCUUCAUCAAUGGCACCGGUGUGGAGACUGUUGUCUCUGCAGACUUGCCCAAUGCUCAUGGCCUCUCUGUGGAUUGGGUUUCCAGAAACCUCUUCUGGACCAGUUACGACACCAACAAGAAGCAGAUCAAUGUGGCCCGGCUGGAUGGCUCCUUCAAGAAUGCAGUGAUCCAGGGGCUGGACAAGCCUCACUGCCUGGUGGUUCACCCACUCCAGGGGAAGCUCUACUGGACAGACGGGGACAACAUCAGUGUGGCCAACAUGGACGGCAGCAACCGCACCCUCCUCUUCACCAACCAGAAAGGGCCUGUUGGCCUGGCCAUUGACUACCCAGAGAGCAAGCUGUACUGGAUCAGCUCUGGCAAUGGCACCAUCAACAGAUGCAAUCUGGAUGGCAGCAACCUGGAGGUGAUCAAUUCCAUGAAGGGUCAGCUGAGCAAGGCGACUGCCCUGGCCAUCAUGGGCAACAAGCUGUGGUGGGCUGACCAGGCCUCUGAGAGGAUGGGCACCUGCAACAAAAAGGAUGGGACAGAGGUGACAGUGCUGCGCAACAACGCGACGCUUGUGAUGCACAUGAAGGUGUACGAUGAAGGCAUCCAGCAAGCUGGAACCAACCCCUGCAGCCUAAACAAUGGCGACUGCUCUCAGCUCUGCCUGCCCACCUCUGAGACCUCCCGGUCCUGCAUGUGCACUGCAGGCUACAGCCUGAAGAGUGGGCAGCAGUCCUGUGAAGGCGUUGGCUCCUUCCUCCUGUAUUCAGUCCAUGAGGGGAUCCGUGGCAUUCCCCUGGACCCCAAUGACAAGUCGGAUGCUCUUGUGCCCGUGUCAGGGACUUCCCUGGCCGUGGGGAUUGACUUCCAUGCAGAGAACGACACCAUUUAUUGGGUGGACAUGGGUCUGAGCACCAUUAGCCGGGCGAAGCGGGAUCAGACGUGGCGGGAGGAUGUGGUUACCAAUGGCAUUGGCCGCGUGGAGGGCAUCGCUGUGGACUGGAUCGCUGGAAACAUCUACUGGACAGACCAGGGCUUUGAUGUUAUUGAGGUGGCCAGGCUGAAUGGGUCCUUCCGCUAUGUGGUCAUCUCACAGGGGCUGGACAAGCCGCGGGCCAUCACAGUCCAUCCAGAGAAAGGGUAUCUGUUCUGGACAGAGUGGGGGCAGUACCCCCGCAUUGAACGGUCACGCCUGGAUGGGACUGAGCGCAUGGUGCUCGUGAACGUCAGCAUCAGUUGGCCCAAUGGAAUAUCUGUUGACUAUGAGGAUGGGAAGCUUUACUGGUGUGAUGCACGCACAGAUAAGAUUGAACGCAUCGACCUGGAGACGGGUGAAAACCGAGAAGUUGUUCUGUCCAGCAACAACAUGGACAUGUUCUCAGUGUCCGUCUUCGAGGAGUACAUUUACUGGAGCGAUAGGACUCAUGCGAAUGGCUCCAUCAAAAGAGGGAACAAGGACAAUGCCACCGAGUCAGUGUCCCUGCGCACAGGGAUUGGCGUGCAGCUCAAGGACAUCAAAGUCUUCAACCGGGCAAGGCAGAAGGGCACCAACAUCUGUGCCCAGAGCAACGGGGGCUGCCAGCAGCUGUGCCUGUUCCGGGGCAAUGGGCAGAGGACUUGUGCCUGUGCCCAUGGCAUGCUGUCCGAGGAUGGGGUGAGCUGCCGUGACUACGAUGGCUACCUGCUGUAUUCGGAGCGCACCAUCCUCAAGAGCAUCCACCUCUCGGACGAAAACAACCUCAACGCUCCCAUCAAGCCCUUUGAGGAUGCAGAGCACAUGAAGAACGUCAUUGCCCUGGCCUUUGACUACCGCUACGGCUCCAAGGGCAGCAACCGCAUAUUCUACAGUGACAUCCACUUUGGCAACAUCCAACAGAUCAAUGAUGACGGCACAGGGCGCAAGACCAUUGUGGAGAAUGUGGGCUCGGUGGAGGGGCUGGCUUACCAUCGCGGCUGGGACACGCUGUACUGGACAAGCUACACCACCUCCACCAUCACCCGCCACACUGUGGACCAGAGCCGCCCGGGGGCUUUCGAGAGGGAGACUGUGAUCACCAUGUCAGGGGACGAUCACCCCCGGGCCUUCGUGCUGGAUGAGUGCCAGAACCUGAUGUUCUGGACCAACUGGAAUGAGCAGCACCCCAGCAUCAUGCGUGCCACCCUCUCCGGUGCCAACGUCCUCAUCAUCAUUGACCAGGACAUCCGGACACCCAAUGGGCUGGCCAUUGACCACAAGGCUGAAAAAAUCUACUUCUCUGAUGCCUCAUUGGACAAAAUUGAACGCUGUGAAUACGAUGGCUCCCACCGCCACGUGAUCUUGAAAUCGGAGCCUGUGCACCCCUUUGGCCUGGCUGUCUACGGUGAUUACAUCUUCUGGACAGACUGGGUGCGCAGAGCUGUGCAACGAGCCAACAAGUAUGUGGGCACUGACAUGAAGCUUCUGCGUGUUGACAUCCCCCAGCAGCCCAUGGGCAUCAUUGCUGUGGCCAACGACACUGACAGCUGUGAGCUGUCCCCGUGCAGGGUCAACAAUGGUGGCUGCCAGGAUCUCUGUCUGCUCACACCCAAAGGACAUGUCAACUGCUCCUGCCGUGGCGAGCGAGUCCUGCAGGAGGAUUUCACCUGCAAAGCCCUGAAUUCUACCUGCAACGUGCAUGAUGAGUUUGAGUGUGGGAACGGUGACUGCAUUGACUUCAGCCGGACCUGUGACGGUGUAGUCCACUGCAAGGACAAGUCAGAUGAGAAGCAGUCCUACUGCAGCAGCCGCAAGUGCAAGAGGGGUUACCUGCACUGCAUGAACGGGCGCUGCGUUGCCAGCCGCUACUGGUGCAAUGGCGUGGAUGACUGCGGGGACAACUCGGAUGAAGUGCCGUGUAACAAAACCAGCUGUGCUGCUACCGAGUUCCGCUGCCGAGAUGGAAGCUGCAUUGGGAAUUCGAGCCGCUGUAACCAGUUCAUUGAUUGUGAGGAUGCUUCAGAUGAAAUGAACUGCACUGCCACUGACUGCAGCAGCUAUUUCAAGCUGGGAGUGAAGGGCACCACGUUCCAGAAGUGUGAACACACCUCACUGUGCUACGCUCCAAGCUGGGUGUGCGAUGGGGCCAAUGACUGUGGAGACUAUUCAGAUGAACGUAACUGCCCAGGUGGGAGGAAACCCAAGUGUCCAGCCAAUUACUUCGCCUGCCCAAGUGGGAGGUGCAUCCCCAUGACUUGGACCUGCGACAAAGAGGACGACUGCGAGAAUGGGGAAGACGAGACUCACUGCAGUGAGCGGCAGGACAAGUUCUGCUACCCCGUGCAGUUUGAGUGCAACAACCACCGCUGCAUCUCCAAGCUCUGGGUCUGUGAUGGGGCAGAUGACUGUGGGGAUGGCUCUGAUGAGGACAGCCGCUGCCGGCUGACCACCUGCAGCACGGGAUCCUUCCAGUGCCCAGGCACCUACGUGUGUGUCCCAGAGCGCUGGCUCUGUGAUGGGGACAAGGACUGUGCAGACGGCGCUGAUGAGACCCUCGCUGCUGGCUGCUUGUACAACAACACGUGUGACGAGCGGGAGUUCAUGUGUGGAAACCGCCAGUGCAUCCCCAAGCACUUUGUCUGUGACCACGAUGACGACUGCGGCGAUGGCUCAGACGAGUCCCCAGAGUGUGAGUACCCCACCUGUGGCCCCCAUGAGUUCCGCUGUGCCAACGGCCGUUGCCUCAGCAACAGGCAGUGGGAGUGUGACGGCGAGUUUGACUGCCACGACCACUCGGACGAAGCGCCCAAGAACCCACGCUGCAGCAGCCCAGAGAACAAGUGCAACGACUCCUUCUUCCUCUGCAAGAACGGGAAGUGCAUCCCGGAGAUGCUGCUCUGCGACAACAACAACGACUGCAUGGAUGGCUCUGAUGAGCUCAACUGCUUCAUCAACGAGUGUCUCAACAAGAAGCAGAGCGGCUGUUCCCAGGAAUGUGAAGACCUCAAGAUUGGAUACAAGUGUAGAUGCCGUCCCGGAUUCCGGCUAAAGGAUGAUGGGAAGACGUGCAUUGACAUUGACGAGUGCUCCACCACCUACCCCUGCAGCCAGAAGUGCAUCAACACUCUGGGGAGCUUCAAGUGCCUGUGCAUAGAGGGCUACAAGCUCAAACCUGACAACCCCACCAGCUGUAAAGCUGUCACAGAUGAAGAGCCCUUCCUCAUCUUUGCCAACCGGUACUACCUGAGGAAACUCAACCUGGAUGGCUCCAACUAUACACUGCUUAAGCAGGGGCUGAACAAUGCAGUGGCUCUGGAUUUCGACUAUCGGGAGCAGAUGAUCUACUGGACAGAUGUGACCACGCAGGGCAGCAUGAUCCGGCGAAUGCACAUCAAUGGGAGUAAUGUUCAGGUUCUUCACCGCACUGGCCUUAGCAACCCUGAUGGGCUGGCUGUUGACUGGGUAGGAGGGAACCUAUACUGGUGUGACAAAGGUCGGGACACCAUUGAGGUGUCGAAGCUCAACGGUGCCUACCGCACCGUGCUGGUGAACUCCGGUCUGCGGGAGCCCCGGGCACUGGUGGUGGAUGUGCAGAAUGGUUACCUAUACUGGACAGACUGGGGGGACCACUCCCUGAUCGGGAAGAUUGGCAUGGAUGGCACCAACCGCAGCGUUAUUGUUGACACCAAGAUAACUUGGCCCAAUGGCCUCACCCUCGACUACAUCAACAGCCGGAUCUAUUGGGCCGAUGCGCGGGAGGACUACAUCGAGUUUGCCAGCCUGGACGGCUCCAACCGGCACACAGUGCUGAGCCAGGACAUCCCACACAUCUUCGCGCUCACCCUCUUUGAGGAUUUCAUUUACUGGACUGACUGGGAGACCAAGUCUAUCAACCGGGCCCACAAGACUACAGGAGCCAACAAGACACUGCUGAUCAGCACGCUGCACCGUCCCAUGGACAUCCACAUCUACCACCCCUACCGGCAGCCUGACGUUCCCAACCAUCCCUGCAAGACCGACAACGCUGGCUGCAGCAACCUCUGCCUCCUCUCACCAGGUGGAGGGCACAAGUGUGCUUGUCCCACCAACUUCUACUUGGGCGGUGAUGGCAAAACCUGUGUCUCCAACUGCACGGCCAGCCAGUUUGUAUGCAAGAAUGACAAGUGCAUCCCUUUCUGGUGGAAAUGCGACACCGAGGAUGACUGCGGAGACCGUUCGGAUGAGCCAGAGGAUUGCCCUGAGUUCAAAUGCAGACCGGGGCAGUUCCAGUGCUCCACUGGGAUCUGCACUAAUCCAGCCUUCAUUUGUGAUGGAGACAAUGACUGCCAGGACAACUCAGAUGAAGCCAACUGUGAUAUCCACGUCUGUCUGCCCAGCCAGUUCAAAUGCACCAACACCAACCGCUGCAUCCCCGGCAUUUUCCGCUGCAAUGGUCAGGACAACUGCGGUGAUGGCGAGGAUGAGAAGGACUGCCCGGAGGUGACUUGUGCCCCCAACCAGUUCCAAUGUGCGAUCACCAAGCGCUGCAUCCCCCGCGUCUGGGUGUGUGACCGGGACAAUGACUGUGUGGAUGGCUCAGAUGAACCUGCCAACUGCACACAAAUGACAUGUGGUGUGGAUGAGUUCCGGUGCAAGGACUCAGGCAGGUGCAUCCCAGCGCGCUGGAAGUGCGACGGGGAGGAUGAUUGCGGGGACGGAUCUGAUGAGCCCAAGGAGGAAUGCGAUGAACGCACCUGUGAGCCCUACCAGUUCCGCUGCAAGAACAACCGCUGCGUGCCGGGUCGCUGGCAGUGUGACUACGACAAUGACUGUGGGGACAACUCGGAUGAAGAGAGCUGCACACCCCGGCCCUGCUCGGAGAGUGAGUUCUCGUGUGCCAACGGCCGCUGCAUCGCUGGCAGGUGGAAGUGCGAUGGGGACCACGACUGUGCAGAUGGCUCUGAUGAGAAAGACUGCACACCGCGCUGUGAAUUCGACCAGUUCCAGUGCAAGAAUGGACACUGCAUCCCCAUGCGCUGGCGUUGCGACGCUGAUGCAGACUGCAUGGACGGCACUGAUGAGGAGAACUGUGGCACUGGUGUUCGCACAUGCCCUCUGGAUGAGUUCCAGUGCAACAACACGCUGUGCAAACCCCUGGCCUGGAAGUGCGAUGGGGAGGACGACUGCGGGGAUAACUCGGAUGAAAACCCUGAGGAGUGCUUGAAAUUCCAGUGUCCUCCCAACAGACCGUUCCGCUGCAAGAACGACCGGGUAUGUCUGUGGAUCGGUCGACAGUGUGACGGCAUUGACAACUGUGGAGACAACACGGAUGAGAAGGACUGUGAGUCACCCACAGCCAAGCCCAAGAGCUGCAGCCAGGACAAGAAUGAGUUCCUCUGUGAGAACAAGAAGUGCAUCAGUGCCAACCUCCGCUGCAACUUCUUUGAUGACUGUGGAGAUGGCUCCGAUGAGGAGUCCUGCUCCCAUGACCACAAGUCGUAUGACUGCAAGACCAACACCACGAUGUGUGGAGACGAGGCCCAGUGCAUUCAGUCACAGUCCACCACAUACUGCUCAUGUCGCAGAGGCUUCCAGAAGCUGCCAGACAGGAAUUCCUGCCAAGACAUCAACGAGUGUCUGCGCUUUGGGACCUGCUCCCAGCUCUGCAACAAUACCAAGGGCUCCCACGUCUGCAGCUGUGCCAAGAACUUCAUGAAGACAGACAAUAUGUGCAAGGCGGAAGGCUCAGAGCACCAAAUCCUGUACAUUGCGGACGACAACAAGAUCCGGAGCAUGUACCCCUUCAACCCCAACUCAGCCUAUGAGCCGGCCUUCCAGGGCGACGAGAACGUGCGCAUCGAUGCCAUGGACAUCUACGUCAAGGGCAACAAGAUCUACUGGACAAACUGGCACACAGGCAGGAUCUCAUACCGGGAGCUGCCUGCCUCUUCUGCUGCCUCCACCGCCUCCAACCGCAACCGGCGCCAGAUCGACGGUGGUGUCACCCACCUGAAUAUCUCAGGGCUGAAGAUGCCACGGGGAAUUGCCAUCGACUGGGUUGCUGGGAACAUCUACUGGACAGACUCAGGGCGGGAUGUUAUUGAGGUGGCACAGAUGAAAGGCGAGAAUCGCAAGACACUGAUCUCAGGCAUGAUUGAUGAGCCUCAUGCCAUCGUAGUCGACCCACUUAGAGGGACUAUGUACUGGUCAGACUGGGGCAAUCACCCCAAGAUUGAGACGGCUGCUAUGGAUGGGACAUUGCGUGAGACCCUGGUGCAGGACAACAUCCAGUGGCCAACAGGCCUGGCCGUGGACUACCACAAUGAGCGGCUGUACUGGGCCGACGCCAAGCUCUCCGUCAUCGGCAGCAUCCGGCUCAAUGGCACUGACCCAGUUGUGGCCAUUGACAACAAGAAGGGGCUGAGCCAUCCUUUCAGCAUUGACAUCUUUGAGGACUACAUCUAUGGUGUCACCUACAUCAACAACCGCAUCUUCAAGAUCCACAAGUUUGGGCACAAGGCUGUCACCAACCUAACAUCUGGCCUCAACCAUGCCACCGAUGUUGUGCUCUACCACCAGUACAAGCAACCAGAAGUGACCAACCCAUGUGACCGCAAGAAGUGUGAGUGGCUCUGCCUCCUCAGUCCCAGCGGCCCCGUCUGCACCUGCCCCAAUGGCAAGCGCCUGGACAACGGCACCUGCGUGGUUGUUCCCUCGCCCACCAUCUCCCCUGUUGUGCCCACCACCGACACCUGCGACCUUGUCUGCCUGAACGGCGGCAGCUGCUUCCUCAACGCCCGCAAACAGGCCAAGUGUCGCUGCCAGCCACGCUACAAUGGGGAGAAGUGCCAGAUUGACCAGUGCUCACACUAUUGCCAGAACGGGGGCACCUGCGCUGCCUCCCCGUCAGGCAUGCCGACCUGCCGCUGCCCCACCGGCUUCACGGGACCCCGGUGUGGCCAGCAAGUGUGCACUGACUACUGCCGGGACAGGUGCACCGUCAACCAGGGCAACCAGCCCAACUGCCGCUGCCUGCCUACCUUCAUCGGGGACCGCUGCCAGUACCGGCAGUGCUUCGACUACUGUAAGAACGAGGGUGUCUGCCAGAUGACAGACAGUGGCAUCAAACACUGCCGCUGCCCUCCGCAGUUUGCGGGCUCCCAGUGCCAGGAUGACAAAUGCUCCCGGUGCCAGAAGGGCGAGUGCAGCAUCAACAAGCAGACCGGAGAAGUAUCCUGCAUCUGCCCAGGUGGCAAGAUAGCACCCAGCUGCCUGACCUGCGACAAUUACUGCCUGCAUGGUGGUACCUGCUCCAUCAGUGACAAGACACAGCUGCCCGAGUGCCUGUGCCCAGUGGGGAUGACAGGGACACACUGUGAGAACUUCACUGUCAGUGAGCAGCAGAGCAACCGAACCGCCUCCAUUGUCAUCCCCAUCCUGCUGCUGCUGAUCCUUCUCACCGUUGUGGCUUUUGUCUGGUACAAGUGGAGGAUUAAAGGCGCCAAGGGCUUUCAGCACCAGCGGAUGACAAACGGUGCCAUGAAUGUGGAGAUAGGGAACCCCACCUACAAAAUGUACGAGGGGGAGCCUGACGAUGAUGUGGGGGAGCUGCUGGAUGCGGACUUUGCCCUGGACCCUGACAAGCCCACCAACUUCACCAACCCCGUUUACGCCACGCUGUACAUGGGUGCCCACAACAGCCGCAACUCGCUGGCUAGCACGGACGAGAAGCGGGAGCUGCUGUCACGGGGCGCAGAUGAUGACCUGGCAGACCCUCUGGCAUAG